UCUGCGUUGGGUCUGCAUGAGACAGUGACUUGGAGUAGUUUGCUUGGUGUGGUUGCUGCGGUGUGUAGUAGAGAGGCACGUUGGCCGCCGGUUGAGUUGCACGGCGUGUAGAGUAGGCUGGACGGGUGGCACACGGUGCAUUGGCUGCUUUGUCCAGCACGCCGUAUGGUAGCUGCUUAGCGUGCAUGCUGCUGAUUUGCAGUCCCGAGUGGCUGUGUGUGUGUGUGUGUGUGAGUGUGUGUGUCAGCUCUCCCCAGUACAAUGUAUUAAAUGAUUUCCUCGCACAGCGAGUGCGUGUGAGUGUGUGUCAGUCAUCCAGUGUGUGUGUGUGUGAGUGCGUGUGGGGGCCGUCCUGGCCGAGCCAUGUCUAUGUUCCCGGGGCCAGUACAGAGCCGUCUCUCUCCCCCUCUAGUCGCCGACUACCACCCAAGGGGGAUGACAUCCACGUGCAACUUUUUCUACCAAGCAGAUCUCACCUUGUGCGGAACAAGACCUGUGGAUGAAUUCCAUCCCUUUAUCGAAGCACUUCUGCCCCACGUCCGCGCUUUUGCCUACACAUGGUUCAACCUGCAAGCCCGAAAGCGAAAAUACUUCAAGAAGCACGAAAAGCGCAUGUCGAAAGAGGAAGAAAGGGCCGUGAAGGAUGAGUUGCUGAGCGAAAAACCCGAAGUCAAACAGAAAUGGGCGUCCCGUCUCCUGGCAAAGUUAAGGAAAGAUAUCAGGCCGGAAUAUCGAGAGGAUUUUGUACUCACCGUGACCGGUAAAAAAUCCGCGUGUUGCGUUCUGUCUAACCCCGACCAGAAGGGAAAAAUGAGAAGAAUUGACUGCCUUCGCCAGGCGGACAAGGUCUGGAGGCUAGACCUGGUGAUGGUGAUUUUAUUUAAAGGAAUCCCUCUCGAAAGUACUGAUGGGGAGCGCCUUGUUAAGUCUCCGCAGUGUUCUAACCAUGGGCUUUGUGUUCAGCCCCAUCACAUAGGAGUUUCUGUGAAGGAACUUGAUUUGUAUUUGGCUUACUUUGUACACUCAGCAGACUCAAGUCAAUCAGACAGUCCCAGCCAGCCCAGCGAUGCUGACAUCAAGGACCAGCCAGAGAAUGGACAUUUGGGCUUCCAAGACAGUUUUGUGACUUCUGGCGUCUUCAGCGUUACAGAACUCGUCCGAGUCUCACAAACACCCAUAGCUGCAGGAACGGGUCCGAAUUUCCCCAUUUCAGAUCUGGACAGCUCUUCAUAUUACAGCAUGAGCCCCGGAGCAAUGAGAAGGUCACUACCCAGUACCUCCUCCACCAGUUCCACGAAGCGCCUCAAGUCUGUAGAAGACGAAAUGGAUAGCCCUGGAGAAGAGCCAUUUUACACAAACCAGGGAAGAUCACCAGGAAGCGGCAGCCAGUCGAGCGGAUGGCACGAUGUGGAGCCAGGAAUGCCAUCGCCUACUACCUUAAAGAAGUCAGAGAAGUCUGGUUUCAGCAGUCCUUCUCCUUCGCAGACCUCUUCCCUUGGAACGGCGUUUACACAGCAUCAUCGACCUGUCAUUACAGGACCCAGAGCGAGCCCGCACGCCACGCCGUCAACCUUGCAUUUCCCGACGUCGCCCAUCAUCCAGCAGCCGGGGCCGUACUUCUCGCACCCAGCCAUCCGCUAUCACCCGCAAGAGACCCUGAAAGAGUUUGUCCAACUUGUCUGCCCAGAAGCCGGUCAGCAGGCUGGACAGGUGGGGUUCCUAAACCCCAAUGGUAGCAGCCAAGGCAAGGUGCACAAUCCAUUCCUUCCGACUCCGAUGUUGCCACCGCCUCCUCCGCCACCUAUGGCUAGGCCUGUGCCUCUGCCCGUGCCAGACACAAAACCUCCAUCUACGUCUACAGAAGGAGGAGCCAGUUCUCCCACCUCGCCGACCUACUCAACACCCAGCACUUCCCCAGCAAACCGAUUUGUCAGUGUUGGACCUCGAGAUCCAGGCUUUGUAAAUAUUCCACAACAGACUCAGUCCUGGUACCUGGGAUAAAGGUCACAGUUUUCUAUCGCCCACCGGACAGACCACCUGCCCCUUCUCAUCUCUGUAACAUUUGAAGACACCAACGGCAACUUGGCCUAGUCACUUGGCGCCGGAGGAAGGGGAAAACCCACAGCAGAACAGCAUCGAAGAAGAACUAUCAUAAGUGGUCGCAUGGCAGAUACCAUCAUUAAUCAGCCUUAUUUCUUUUACUUUCAAUUUUUGUUUUUUCCUCACCUUUGGGGGUCUCAAGAAAGUUCCCAAUGGGAAAAGUUGGGAUUCACAGCAUUUGAAGUGUUUUCAUUGGUAGCAUACAUAUUAGGUGGUUCCUGGUAGCCUUAGGCCGAUUAUUUUUUAUUUUUUUUGACUUGCUAUAAAAAAACACUCUCAUUGUGAAACCCAUUUUUUUUUUUUUGCAAAGCCACUCCUUAUGUGCAUCCACAGUUGCGACCCUUUUGAGGAGUUCUGGUGGAAUAGUCCCUAUAAAGGAGAAACAAAAAAAAAAAGAAUAAUGAAGCACUCUAAUAUACAAUGUACCGUAUUACUGAAUAUGAACUUUGACUAGUACUACGACCACACUACAUUUAUUUCAGAGACCGUGGAAAUCAACCCAGUCGUGGUCUAGUGCCUCCACUGUUUUUUUUCCCCCAUUUCGAGUGCUACUACACUUAAAAGGAUUUGUGAGAAAGGAAAAAAAAAAGAAAUCACACAACUUGUGUAAAACUAAAUAAGGAAAACUGCACCUUUUUAAUAUUUUUUUUUUUUUUUUUAAUCGUUUGACCCAGUGCGGAGGUGGCAAAAAAAAUGAUAUUACUGGACACGACUGCGACAAACUGUUUUGCGUUAACAUAUCACGAAAUGUCCACCCUUCUUUCUGACAAGGAUUAGUCACAUCCAUCACCCACCAGGAAACUGUUAACAUUUAUUUUUCAUCCGAGUUGCAGAGUAAUGAAAGAAAAAGAAGAAGAAAACAGUCCAGGACUAUUAUUACUCUAUGUAAGGAAAAAAAAAUAAAAAAUAUGCUGCACUUGCAAAUAAGCUUUUUCUGAGACAAAUUUUCAACAAUUACGCAGAAAUGGGGAAGAUGGUCUGUAUUGACAGAAACUGACAGGAACAAAAAUUUAAAACAAUCAUAUUUGGAUUGAUUAAAGUGCAAUUUCAUUGGAUAGGUAAAUAUCUUUGUAAGAUAGAGAUUGUUGAAAAUUCUAUUUUUGUUUUCCAAGUCCUACCACCCCCCAGGACUCUAAACUAUCGGGGUUAAAAAAAAAAGAAGAAAAAAAAAAACAGCCUUGCAAAAGAAAGGGGAGCUAUUUUUGCUUUUUAUGUUUUUUAUUGUUAAACUUGUAUCCCUUAAAAAUGAAAAUGUAAAAAAAAAAAAUAUAUAUAUAUUAUAAAACAUAAUGGUGCUUUUACCACAACAUGUUAACUACAUUAAACGCUAAGUAAUCAUUUUUUUUUUCUGUUAUCAAAGCACAUAACUUAAAAAAAAAAAAAAUGAAAUCAUAGUAUCUGUUAAUUUUAUAAGCUAAAGUCACUAUUAGUGGGUAUGCCAAUUCAGUCAAAUGUCACAUUUUCCCAAUAUAGGAUUUAGUCAAAUGCCUCAGGAUCUUUAUAGAUGUCCAGAUUUUAUCCAUAUGAAUUUUUUUUUUUUUUCAUCACUUGUAUCCUCUGGGCUUCAAACACUGAUUAAUCUGGGGGGGGGGGGGGGGGAGAGUCGCAGCACUUGCUGGAAAAAAAAAAGUGAAUUGGAUCAUAGACGCUAUGUAUGUUAUGUACUAAAAAAAUAAAAUAUUAAAAAUAACAAAAAAAAAAAAAUCAAAACCUAAAUAAACAGGAUACACUUGAUUUAUUUUCUACAAGACAGCGAAGCGUCCCUUUGCUUCGCAUGCAACUUUAAAGGCGGUUUCCUAUACUAUACAUAUAUUAUAUACUUUCUGCUUGGCAUAUUUGUCAAUCAGAAAAAAAAAAAAAUCUCUGCAUGUUUAGUGUUAGUAAUUCAUUUUUAUAUACUUAAAGUAGGAUAAAGUAGAGUGCAUUAAGACAAGACAUUUUAAUCCCUAUUCCAGGCACUUGCCUUUUUUUUUUUUUCUUUUUUUUACUUUUUUUCACCCUAUCCCAAUGCUGCCAAAAGAAAGGCCCACAUGUCCCUUUUGGCAAUGAAGGAGUUAAACUGUGUGUGUUCAGUCUGUUUAGUCCUAAUAAGGGCUUUUGCUACAGUCCUAUACAAUCAUGUCCACAAAUUCUUGGGAAGACACUUUGCUCCUCAUUUUAUUAUUAUUUUUUUUUUGUUAGGUAGUUAUUUUUUUUAUUAUUAUUAUUAUUUUUGUUUUGUUUGUAAUGCUUAUGGGUGCGUGGGAGGGCCUUGGAUUGUAUUCACAAUACGUUGGGAGGGCCUCUCAAGCGUCCAAUAGAUUAAUUUGCACGAAGAUGAAAUUAAAUUCCAUAUCAAUGUGCCUUUGCCCUGGAUAGCGAUUAUUUGUGGAAUUGUUGCACAUGUUCCUUAUAUAGAUAGCGGGGGGAGGAGAUUCCCCAGACACGCGUUUUGGAGACACUUUUUUUUUUUUUUUUCUUGUAAAUGUGACUUUUACGUCAGGCAUUGCAGGCUCCACUUUGUAGAUACUUUGUAGAUUUUAGUUCAAUCCCACCUGUAGAAGUAGUGUGCUUAGUCUUGUAGUGUCUGUGCUAUUUUGCGUAGGAGAUCAGUAUUUUGGGGGGAUGUUUGCUGCAUUGUGACAAUUUAUUUAGUCUUCCUUUUUUUUUUUUACUUUCCCCGAUCAAUGAAAAUAUGCAAUACCUGCUUAUAUCAUGUAGUCAAUGCUUAGCAAAUUUUAUUAGACUUUUUUUGUUUUUUUUCGUUUUUUAUUUGACCAAAGUUGGUUGGUGCUGUACUUGACGCAGUAUGUUAGAUGUUUAGUCAUUGUACCUUUGUGACUACGAAUGCACAUGCAGGAGGGGCUCUUAGAGAAGCAGUCAGACUGUGAAGCACUAAGCUGUACCCUGCUUUGAGCAAUUUUAUUUUUUAUUUUUUUUCGUGUGGUGUGUGUGUUACAACCUAUCACAAGCAAGCCUUAAAACAACAACAACAACAAAAAACAAAAAAACCUGAAUUCCUUUUUCCUUAGAUAUCCCACACCCAAUUUUUAUUAGCAGACAGCAAUCAACUCACAUCAACAAGAAAGAGGUCAUAAUGCCCAUUUUUUAUAUGCACGUUUUUAAAAAGAAAAAAAAACUUCCAACUUCUGAAAACAAAAAAUGUUUACCGGUUCUCUCUAUUUAAGAAAAAAAGAAUAAAUUAAUAAAAUGUUUUUUGGAUUUUUUCAUAUGUAUCUGAUAUGUGGUUGAGUAGUUGUAUUGUGUGUGUGUGUGUGUGUGUAUUAGUGAAUUGUGUCCAUUUUGUGUAUCCAGCAUCCUUUGCCUUCCCUAUAGCACUUAGCUGGGCAUUACCUUAUGACAUAUGUGCACUAAAUAUCAGCUUGCAGUGCUUCACAGUGAAGGGAAAUAAAAGCCUAGACAAACGUUUUGUCAAAAAUCCUUGCUAUAAGUCAAGGCGUUACCAGAAAAUUGGUUGUACAUACAAUACAAAUGCACCCUUUUUUUUAAAACCAUGCAAACUAAGCAAUAGUCUUGGGCAGUUGUAGUUAGGUUUUUUUUUUUUUUUUACUUUUUUUUUUUUGGGUUAUAUUUUUGUGGAUUUUCGUGUGUGUUGUAGACAUGGUUGCAAAGAGAGCAUAACUGCCCACUCAGAUGAGUAAUUUGUAUGUUGUAUAGUUUUAAUGAAUACACUGAUUUAUUCUACCCUAUUUUAUAAUGCAGGUCUUUUGUAAUGUUGUUUAAAUGAGGACAAUUUUCUGUCAAUUUAGCCUUGCAGAUUUUUCUGAUUGUUUGUUAUAAAUGGCAGCAUUUUUAGAUUUUUCUUUUUUUUUUGUCAUGGGAGGGUUAGGUUGAGGGAUAUGUUAUUUUUUUUAUUUUUUUUGUUAUGCUUUCGGGAACUGGAUUUAAGUUAAAACUUUCCCGUUACCUGUACGUAUGUAUUUAAAUACAACUUUUUUUUUUUUUUUCAGUAGUAUAACAUUUUCCUAUACUUGAGAAGUAUGGGCCACUAAAUAACCAUUUUAAAUGGAAUUUACAGGUAUACUGUAUUUUUUUUUUCUCACUAAAAGUCUGACUCUUACAUUAAGGAUUUGAUUAUUUAAAACAAAAAAUGUUUUAAAGGCUUUAAAGCAUUGAAAGGUAGUCAAGGAUGUCGAACAACAACAUUGUGUCAAGUAUUAAAACUCAUAAGUUCAGUUUAGUUACUUCUGCCAUCAUAUAAAAAGUACUGCAAGGUCAAAGGGCAUGUAUGUUCAGUUUAAAAAAAAAAAUCUAACAUUCGACAAAUGCACAGUAAACGCUAGGUGUGCAGCAUAAAAUAGACACUACAUUGUUGAGUAAUAUAACAUUACAUAAAUGAAAAACAUCAAAUUAUACAAUUCAUUGUAAUUAAGCUUUGUGUUUAUUUACAUUGCCUUUUUUCAAGUUGCAUUAAAUAUGGAUCUUCCUUUAGAGUAUAUAAAGCAGCCUAAAAGUUCUGCAUACAACAAUAUAAUACACAUGAGUAGAAUCAAAUCCAUUAAUAUAGCCAAUAUUUUAUAUAUUCAUUUUAUAAUUAGAUUCCUAUGUUGAAAUUUGCACUCAAAGUUAACAUUUUCUCUUGAUUUUUAAGUUUGAUUUUGACCAGCCAGUCAAACACACUAUUUUUGUAAUGUUUGCAAUGCACAGUAAUAACACAGGCCCGCACUAACUAACAACGUAUAUCUGUUCUGAUUUCUGAGAAAUUUGGUUAUUUUAAAAUUCCUACAAAUACAAAAAAAAAAUGAUAACAAUGAAUAUGUCUGUUCACUUACAUUCUGUAAGAUAAACAAGGUAUAUCGACGACGUUCAUAAGAUAGACAUUUAUCAGUUCUAGCUCUACUGAUAUUAUUGCCACAAAAUUCCUACAAAUUUUUUUUUUAUAAAAAUUAAUAUGUCUGUUUUCUUGCAUUCUGUAAGAUAAACAAGGUAUAUCGACGACAUUCAAAUGAUAGACAUUUAUCAGUUCAAGUUAUACUGAUAUUAUUGAUAUAAAAAAAUAAUUAUUACAGCCAAGAAAAAUAUAAACUAAAUCAGAAAACUGCAAAUGUGCGAUUUGGGGGGGGGGAAUUUAUUUCUUUAACCAUUUCAGAAAUUAAACAGAAUGAAAAAAGAUACAUAGAAGAGAAAAUACUUAACAAUUGAUGCCUUUUCAUAAAGUGAGAUAAUGUUUACAUUUUAAUAAUGACAUAAAAUGGUGCAAAUUAUACAUUGCACUAUAUAAAAUGUUAAGAGUCUAUUGCAUUGUAAAAACAAAUCCAAUCUUAUGACCGAGGUGUGCGUUGAAUCAGAGAAGCUGUGAUAACUAGAACACUACAAAAAUAGGUAGACGUGGCAAGCUCUACCUUUAGUGCUGUUGUUCUUAAAGUGACCUUUUAUUAUUAUUUUUUCUGUGCUCCUAAAUGCACUUUGCUAAUGUAAAGAACUGAAAUAACUGCAUUGAAAAAUAUUCUCAAAGGGAGGAUGAUUUGCAAUGCCUAAGCUACCUUCUAUUUAAUGCCUGCUCAAUUAGAAUUUUUUUUUUACGAUAAUACACCUUUCAGGUUUAUUCUUAAGUUCUCUGGCAUUAGACGUGUGUUUAUAUGCUUUUGUUGCUGCACAUCCCAAGCCAGUCCUCACUUUUUUCUUUUUAAUUCGAAAAAUUAGUUACACUGUUGCCCAUCCCUUAAAUAUUUUUUUUCUCAGUAUGUAAGGAGUAAUGGACCAGUAUUUCAGAAACUGCGCCCCAGGAAAUCACCAAAGUUCUCUUUGGCCUGGCGGAGCGAAUGCAUCAUUAUCAUGCAUCUGCAACAGUUGUGCCAUUACCUAGGUGUCUUAGGUCUCUUCUUGUGAUGUUAAAGUAUAUAGGAAAGCUAUUUUAUAAGCCUCUGCAUGCAGGGACCUUCAAAUAACCCUUGCUGGGGCAAAGAGACUGCAGCUUUGGCCCCCCCACUUAGCCUAUAGUCCAGGACUGACUCUGCCACCAGGGCAAGCAGGAGUUUCCCUAAACGUACUCCCGUGGCAUGAGGGUAUAAACAGAACCAAUUGACCGUGUAUUGUUCCCACCUUUAAAAUGGCUGCCUCCAGUGAAAUGAUACAUUAUAGGCAAUGGAACACACUUUUGCUGUUCACAAUAUCCAGUCUCCCCCACAGCAAUAUGCAGACCCCCAAGGCUGGUUUUAUCGUACGCAAAUCUUUUUUUUUGCAGCUUGUUAUGACAGUGUUAAAUGCCUUCAAUUAAUAUUAUUAUAAUUUUUUUAGCUUUACAAAAAGCUAAAGAGAUGCUUCAACUUAACAGUACUUUUUUUUUUUGUGGUGAUAUGUUUAAAUAAUGAACAAUAUAGAGAAUGCAUUGUGUCUCUUGUAAGGAUUUUAUUUUAAGGGUGUUUGCAAGGCCUCCGUAGAACAAAGUUUAGAAAAAUCUUUGCAGGAUUUGUUUUGGCAGAUGUUUAGUGGAAACCAUUUAGAUGUACUGCCAUCAUUUAAAGGGCUUAAAAAAAGCUAACGAGGCUUAAUUUUAAGACCUUGUACAAUGGAGUAUUGCAUAUUGCAGUUGACCAGAUAUUAGCUGUCAUUGUCUAAAAACUUAAACUAAAUCGGAUUGGUUUCUACAGACGAAACCCGAUUUGUCUUGGACCUCGCUGUUUGAGACAGACAUGGCAGUUGUUUGUGUAUAGCCUACAGUCGCAUAUCAUAAUAAAUAACAUGGGCAACAGUGCCAUUGGUCCUUCAAAGCCCAGCCAAUACUUUUUUUUGGGGGGGGGGGGAGGGUUAGUCUUUAUUGCUGCAUGCAUGGGUCACUGGUUGUGGGGAGCUUCCCACCCUAAGACAAAAAGUAAAUGGAAAGCUUUUCAAUGGACACAUUGUUGCUGAUUUACUAAAGGAGAAGAACAUGGUAGUAGAUUAUGUCCUAGUAAUGCAACAAAAUUUUGGCCACUGAAAUUAUUGGCGUUUUACCAAGAAAAAAAUAGGUGCCGAUAAUGGCUGCCGAAAACGUGCGUGAUUUUGCCACGAUUUUACCACGCUUAGGGUGUAUUUUUUUUUUUAGCUCGUGUGACUCAAAAACCGCAUCAAUGUUUUUUUGAUGUGGUUUUUGAGUCACAUGACCUAUGAAAAACACACCAUAAGCGUGUUAAAAUCGUGGCAAAAUUAUGCACGUUCUUGCUGCGUUUUCAAUAGGGAGGUGUGUUUUUGGUACGUUUUUUUUAACUGACCAAAUAUGCACCAAAAAUGUAGCAAACAGGAUUUUUAACACGUCAACAGACCAGUGUGAAGACAUACAUAGAAUUUAACGGGACAUAUUUUUUUAAAACUUUUCUUGCGCUUUUUUUUUUAGCUCAAAAGCACUUCAAAAACUGCUCAGUGUGAAAGCAGCCUAUCAGCUGAAAAUUAGCCGUCAAUGCCCCGACAAAUUCAUACUCAUGUAAAUUCAUGAUAAUAAUUAAAAAGUCAAAUAUAUAUAUAUGUAUUUCUUAAAAACCGUCAAUUUCAGUUUUGGCCAAGUGCAUCCUGAUUUUCGGUAUUUUUAUUUGGGUGCACCUCUAUUAUUCCCAAUAUAUUUUUCAUUUAGCUUAGUGAAUGUGGGGAAAAUUCACUUUGCAAAGAAAAAAAAACCCACAGGAAAGGAAAAUAAAAAACACGAUUUAUUUAUUUAUUUUUUAUUAGUUCACCUAACAAAGGAAACAUUUUCUUUGCUCGGCUCCUUUAGUAAAUCUGCCACGUGGUUACUUUGUUUUUGUAGCAUGGAGAAGGGUUAGAACCUACAUCAGAUUUCUAUCUGUGCUCCCAUCUGUCCCGGUGGGACUGUGACACACAGGAAGUGAAUCUCCUCAAUGGUUCCCAUUGAGGAGAUUCACUUCCUGUGUGUCACAGUGCCACUGGGACAGAUGGGAGCAGGCAGGAAAAAAAAAACUUGAUGAAAUGUUUUUUUAAUUGCCGUUUUGUCAGGGCAUCACUGAAAUAAAAGCUCUCUAAUGUAGAUUGUUUUUAAUAGUGCGAAAAACGGGAACCUCAAUCAGCUUUUUGUUGUCUGUUCUCCUACUUGAAAGCAUUGACCUAACUUCCUGUUCUUGUGCAAUAGGAAGCGUUUACAAGGGAGGCUUGGUGACAAAGUAAACACUUGACUGAGGUUCUAAUCCUAAACCAUUCUGUUCAAAACAUUAAAAAAAAUAAGUUUCGUCCAGCCUUGAACUUUAAUUUUCAUGCUAGCAUUAAAAUACUCAAAUUAAAAUACCCAAUAAAAUAUAUAUUUUUGUUUUUUAAUGAACCUUGCGAUCACCUAAAGGCUGUUAUAUACCACCUAAAAAAUGUGUGCCAUCGUUGGUUUAGAACUGUUUUUCAAAUGUUUUAACGCAAAGUACACACAGUGCUAAGGUAGUCCAACCGAUAGACGUGACUAGUUAGGCUGUAUUGAGGCCUUCUUGGAUGCAAAUGCAUAGCAGUGUUUAUCUGCAUGAAAAAAAAAAA